UCUAUUUUAGUCUCGUUGUGAUCGUCAAGCGGUGCGCUUCGUUUUACUAGAAAAUGAUCGCACCCGCUUUCGGUGCGUUGACGCGUGUCGCGCGCAGUUACGUUUCUCAUUUACAAAAAGUAGUGUUUCGUCACUUGAGCGCCUCCGCCGAGGAGGGUAAAUAUGUUUUAGUGCAACGGCAUAAAUCGUGUGAUAAUGCACCUAUGCGAUUUCCAAGCGUGUGGCUACGUGACAACUGCUACUGUGAGCAGUGUUUCCAUAAGAGUUCGAAGUCGCGUCGCAUCGAUUGGGAUCACUUCGACACUGAAGUGGUGGCGCUCGAUGUUCAGGUUGAUUCGGUUGCUGAGCAAGUUGUGAUUAAGUGGAGUGAUCAGCAUACUUCUACUUAUGAUCUGAAGUGGCUGCGCGAGCGUGAAUUCAGUGAUGAGCGCAGACAACAGUAUUUGAAUGGAUUUUAUCGGCCAAAACCAAAACAUUGGGCCGGUCAGCAGUUUAAAGAAAUUACGGAAACUUUUAAGUUUCAGGAUGUAAUGCACACAGAUGAUGCUCUCCAACAAUGGCUUGAAGCACUAGCAGUACGCGGUGUGGUCAUCAUCGAAGACGCGCCACUGGAAAACACGGUUGUGCGCCAAUUAGCCGACCGUGUGGGCUUUAUACGACGCACCACCUACGGUGAAGAGUUCAUUGUGCAGGCGAAACCAGGCGCUAAGAAUUACGCCUAUCUCUCCGAUCCGCUGCCGCUGCACACGGACCUGCCCUACUAUGAAUACAAGCCGAGCGUGAAUAUAUUGCACUGUGUGGUGCAGUCGAAGUCAGUUGGCGGCAGUAAUCUGUUGGUCGAUGGAUUUCACAUAGCCGAUCGCUUGCGCGACGAACACCCAGCGGAUUACCGUAUACUAACGGAGACGCCGGUCGAUUGGAAUGAUAUCGGCAGUGAGGAUGGGCGCAGUUUUCACAAUAUCUGGCGCGCGCCGGUGAUAUGUUUAGACAGUGACGGAAAUUACACGCGUAUAAAUCACAGCAUUCCCCAGCGCGACAGUCAUUUCUCCGUGCCGCUGCGCGCCGUCAUACCCUGGUACCAGGCCUACGCCAAGUUUGUGCGUUUGGCGCGCCGCGACGGUUUUGCAUUUAAAACGAAACCCGGCGACGUUUUGACUUUCAAUAAUAUUCGUCUGCUGCACGGUCGCACCGGGUACGAUGACUCCGAGCAGAAUGUACGGUACAUUGUGGGCGCCUACCUCGACUGGGACAUCAUCUAUUCGAAGCUGCGCGUAUUGAAGAGCGCACAGGCGGAAAGCCUCAAUGGUGGCAGCGCGCUUCAGCAGUAGCACCACCCCC